CCGAGUAUUUUUCUUUUCUUUUUUUUAAAUUUGACCCACAAAAUUCUGUCCCCAACAGGAAAUAUCGUCUGCCCAAAACCCUAACGACAGCCAACCCCCUCGUCGCCCGACCGCCACCGCCCCGCACCCCGAUGUCCGCUCAGCCCUCCCCUCUCCUCGCCUGCCUCCGCCCGACCACCACCGACGACCCACGUUCCACGGCGGCCGGGAAACCCAACCUGACCACCAGCCUCUACCACACUCCCCUCGGCCUCUUCUCCCUCACCUGGUCCCUGAACCGGGUCGCCCGGACCCUCCAACUCCGCCUCUCCGACCCGCACGCCGCCCCCUCCUCCUCCUCCUUCUCCGACUGCAUCCCCAACUCUAACUCCAACGCCGCCUCCCCUUUCGCCUCUCCGUCCUCCCGAAGGCCGUCGUCCCUGGCCCUCUCUUUCGACCUCCACGUCAAGCCCUUCGCCUUCUGGAACAAGCGCGGGUCCAAAAAUUUCAGCAGAGCCUGGGUCUUCUGGGACCUCUCAAGGGCCAAGUUCGGUUCCGGACCGGGCCCGGUCUCCGGGUACUAUGUGUCCGUGGUGGUCGACGGCGAGGCGGUCCUCCUAGUGGGCGACCGCGCGAAGGAAGCGCACGCGAGGACGAAGGCGCGGAGGCCCGAGCGGAGAGCCCAGGCGCUGGUGCUGCGGCGAGACCACGUGAUCGGCCACAGGACUUUCGCGACGGCCGCGAGAUUCGGCGGGAGGGACAGAGAUAUCUCGAUCGAUUGCACCACAAACGAGGACGCGAGGCUGCGCUUCGAGGUCGACGGCAAGAGGGUGUUGCAGGUGAAGGGUUUGAAGUGGAAAUUCAGAGGGUGCGAGAGGGUCGAGGUGGACGGCGUCCCAAUUCAGGUCUCGUGGGACGUGUACAGCUGGUUGUUCGAGCGUUUCCGCAACGGGCACGCCGUGUUCAUGUUCCGAUUCGACAAGCUCGGCCUUGAGGAGGACGUGGAGGAGGAGGAGGAGGGAGCAGGUGAGAGUUCCCGAAACGGGGACGGCCUUUUGUGGCCGCAGCAGCGGUCGUGGAGCUUCAGGACGAGCGGGCAGGAGCACCAGAAGAUGAGGAAGAGCAUGUCGCGAGCUGCCGGUAGGAGUUACCCGUCAUCGGCAACAACGUCGGUGUCGGCCUCAUCGUGGUCAGCCUCGUCGGGCGGGAGCAAUUCGGUGAUGGAGUGGGCGACGGCGGCGGAGGAGGAGAACGAGACGGGGAAUCCGGCGGGGUUCUCGCUGAUGGUCUAUGCUUGGAAGGAAUGAAAGGAUGAGAUGGGGAUCCAACCCAAAUGAUUUCCUUUUUCUGCGUCUCUAAAGGUAAAUGAAUGUUGGGAGAUCAGAAAUCUCUCUGUUGACUCAAAAUUCAUUCUUUCUUGGACAUAAUACAACUUCGAUUUCUAGCUUUUUACUAGGGAAGAAAGACAGUGUAGAUUAUAUUGGUACCGACCCUGUUGCAGUUAGCCAUUAGAUCUAACACCAAUUUUCUUUUGGUGAUCCUUGAUUUUCAUGUGGAGAAUUGGGGGAGAGACUGCUGUAAUCAGGGUGGUGAUUGCUUGAGAAAUUCUUUGUAAGUAGGCCAUUUCUGUAGUAUGGUGAAUUCUAUUCACAGGAGCGAUUCUUUC